CGAGAGAGAGUAAGGAACCGAGAGGGCGGCUUUGGUUUGUUCUUCGGCUUCUUCUUCGCCCUUUUUUCCCUUCCUUUGCGUCCAUGGAGUUGUUGCUGAGUGUCGGCUGAUAGUAGCAAGCGAGCAAUAAUGACAGUGCGGCAUGCAAUACUGUAUCGAGUGAACCACCGCCAGACGCACUGUUCGAACUGAAUAUAUGACAUAUAUACGGAUACAGCCUCCUGUUUGUUGCGAGAACUACUCCUAUUUCUUCACUGUUCACCCAUCUGUCGACCUGGCGCGCAAUAAUGGAGGCUUCUGAGAGACGGUCUUCGCGUGGCAGCAACCUCAAUAAUAAUCAUAACAACAACCAUAAUAGCCCUAAUGAGAUAUCACAAAGACGCCAGUCGAUGCCUGCUGCCGGGCCAGGAAGGAGACAGUCGCCCCGAGGACACAUCGCCCCAGCAUCGCCAGAGGUCAUCUCGUCUCUCAUCUCGUCGCUGUCUACCAUAUCGACCCCCGCUCGCACACACUUCGAGAGCCUGCCCCGGGUAGGCGGAUCGCAGACAGCUCCCCCUUCGCCCAAGACGCCUCGGAACGGCCAGUUUGAUGGCUCGGAUAUGGAUUAUGGCUCGUUCAAAGCGGCAGCUGCGGCGGCGGCGGCGGCGGCUGAGAGCGAGGCCCCCUUCUUGCAUCCCUAUGACGCUGCCAUGUCUCCCGUUAUCAGAAUGUCAAAACCGCCGUCGUCGGCAAGGUCUCCUCGCUCGUCAGUGUCGUACCAUUCUUGCCGGAACGCAGAUGAUUCUAUCUCCCUACGGCCUCCUCGCGGCUCUCAUGGCUCUGCAACUACCGGCCAUGAAGACUCAGGAAGUUUUGGAGUCGUUCGUCUCGAGCCCGGGUCGCGCAAAUCUACCGCGAGCCUUGUAUCCUCGGGCAGCCGGAGGAGUUUAAAGAAUCAGCUUGGCCUCUUCCGCCGUUCGUCGCGAGAUUCCACCCGGGCCAAGGAGCAAUCCAGUGAUCGUCUCGGUGUAGAAGACGGGCCGGGUCCUUCAAUCUCAAACUCCCAGAAUAACCAGUCUGUUUUACGGCCCGUUCGCUCCAUGGCUGACCUCGCGGAAGAAGCGAACGGGUCCGUCACCGAGCCCGGUGGUCAGAAGAAAAAGUCUGGAGACUUUCAGGACUCAAGGCGGGAAUCGGCUCCAAACCUGAAGCAGACCCACACCCACGAACUCCCAGCUUGCCUCACCCCUGGUGGAAUUGGAAGCGGUAGGAGCAUUCCUACACGAGAGUCCUCAUUGCGUCACAGCUUUAACAGUCCCUCGUCGAAGAAGCGCCGCUCCGGCCGACACAGUGGAUAUUCUUUCAAAGAUGUGGCGGUUGAUAAGAAAAUUACGGAAGUCAACGCAGAGGCCGACCAGGUAACCCAGCGCAUCAAGGAGAUUAAGGAUCACCAGCAGAAGAUCAAGGAUCGGAUGGUUCUCGAUGACAGAUUGCCUCCUCCGCCCCCGGACAGCACAAAGCCCAAUAUCACUCGACCGUCUGCUACUUCCGCUGCCGCUUCGGUUUCUAGCCCGUCUAUACAGCUCGCCAAAGUGGAUGAACUCUUUCUCGACUUCGGCGACAGCGCGCCGUCUCCUACCGUCAGCACUCGUAGGGCCCCUUCCGUGAGCAAACGCGGUGCGCCGCUUGCGCCAAAGACUGGAAACCUGCAAGCAACCUCUCCCACGAACCAGCGCUCAAGGCAUGACGACGGUCUCACCAAAAACGCGAAAGGGUCUGAUAUGAAGGGUCAUAGGAGGACAUACUCUGACUCCCCUUCAACAGCACCCCGGCCCUCAUCAGAUGCAAAUGCCAGACCAAGUAGCCCAGACGUAAUUGAGGAAGCUGUAACAGCAUACAUCACCUCACCCAAACUUACACAGAAAGUUCCUCACCCGCAGACCGGGCGUAUCAUCGCCUUUUCAGAAGUCGGAGAUCCCGACGGCCAUGUCGUCUUUUGCUGCGUCGGUAUGGGUUUGACCAGAUACCUUACGGCCUUUUAUGAUGAGCUAGCUCGGACGUUGAAACUGCGGCUUAUAACCCCUGACCGGCCUGGAGUUGGAGAGAGUCAGCCCUGUCUGGACGGUACGGGGACUCCUUUGAACUGGCCGGACGACCUAGCGGUGAUAUGUAAACAUCUAAAAAUCUCAAAGUUCUCCAUGCUCGCGCACUCCGCCGGAGCCAUUUACGCCCUAGCCACCGCUUUGCGCAUGCCCCAGCAUAUCCGAGGUCGCAUCCACCUUCUCGCGCCCUGGAUACCGCCCUCCCAAAUGACCGGCAUGGGAUCACAUAGAGACCCGCUACCGGCUACGGCGCUCCCUUACUCCCAACGGCUUUUGCGUGCGCUUCCUACUCCUAUUCUCAAAGUCGCAAACUCCAGGUUCAUGACCGCAACCAGUGCAAGUAUCACUAGCAGCCUCCCCAAAAGCUCACGCAAACCAAAACGCCGAAGCACUGUUGGCAGAGAAGCAACACCCAUACCGCCUGAAGUUGGAGGAACAACUGCUGCCGAUGGCCAGGGCAAGACCUCUACCUCCACGCCCCGAAAGCAACACCCUCCUCUCCCUACCCAAGAAGGGACCGGCGCAGUAACAUCUAGCGCAUCAAGCGUCGCUGCCGGAGUUACUCCAGACAACGUCCCUAUAUCUGAACAAGAACGACGGACGGAGUAUGACAACCGCCUCACACACGCAAUCUGGGAACUUGCAACCAGUUCCGCCAAUCCAGCCGUUGACCUACUCAUUUGUCUCGAACGUAGACGGGCCAUUGGAUUCAGAUAUGUGGACAUCAACCGUGCGGUAGUCAUACACCAUGGUUCCCGUGACACAAGAGUUCCUGUCGACAACGUCCGGUGGUUAGGAAAGACGAUGCGCCGGUGCGAAGUCAGAAUCCUCGAGGGUGAAGGUCACGGGCUUAUGGCGUCCGCUACAGUGAUGGGCAAUGUCUUGAUGGAGGUUGCGAAGGAGUGGGAAGACUGGACAACUGUUGUCCAAGGCCGACGGGAUGGAAGGAAACCUACUGCGCAGUAG